GCCUGAGGACAAUCUUGGCACAUCCGCUGGAGGCCAUGUUUAUCCGUCCCGCUUAGUCCGCCCAAUCAGAGAGCGCAACUCGGGUCCCUUACUGUCCAGUACUGUACCUUGAAUGUUUCAAAAGGUUCUUCUGAGUACCAUAUUUUGACCGACUUUCAGGGGAGCUAUCAUCGUGUUUAGUGAACACCGCUAUUCUAAUUAGGACUAUGCUGAACCAUAAACUAUCAUCGAAAGUCUCUAAUCCGCAAUAAGCGCCCUGCCAUCACAAGGACCGAAACAGAAGUAACCGCGCGUGGAUAGCAUUCCAUCUUCUCCAGUGUUCAGUUUUCAAAUUAUAAAAUGCCCGUCCUUGCGUCAACACUUAUACGAUUUACAUCGCCAGAUCCAGCUUUGUUGGCAGCCAGCUGGUCGAGGUCGCUACGCUGGUCGUGCGCCCCAAGCCAGCAGCAAGGACUUGGCAUUUCUGCGAGCAGAUGCUACGCGAUAUUGGCGAAUUCAGGUAUGACCAUGAGGCCUGCUCCAGAGGCUGCCGCUCGCCGGCUACGCAGACAUCUGCCAUGGUCCGACUUAUGUAGGCGACUUUCAGUAUCUCAGACUGGAACUCAGGGCUCCGUCCAGGCAAGACCAGCCGCCUCUUCUGUGGUUCGAAGGAGGGCCUGGGGUUAUGUGGGGCCAAAGCCCAGAAAAGGUCUGGGAGAGGUGAGGCGAUCAUAUAGCUCAAAUACUACGAUAGCCUCAGAUCUAGGGUCGCUCGGGUCAUUACAAAAGUCCGAGACGUCGACUCUAUUGAAGGAUCCCCAGAGGCCAGUUGUGCCAGAAAGUGCGAUCAGUAGCGGUCCAGGGACUGCGAUUGAGGGUCACGUUGCAGUACAACAAAUUCGCAAGGACAUAGCCACAGACUCGGUAGCCCCAGACUUCUGGAGCCAUAAAUUGCAAAAGAGCCCGGAAGGGAAAGACAUAGUUGUGCACUAUUGCCGGACCCUGAAAAGCAGCGAAGAUGUCGCACAGCUUUUCUUGGAAGAUGAUAUUAUCGGGCUUGAUUUGGAAUGGAAGGCUUCGGCUUCGGCAUGGGACGGCAUUCAAGGCAACGUAUCGAUGAUUCAGAUCGCGAACCGACACCGCGUUGCACUCUUUCAUGUUGCGCUCUUCAGACCGGCAAGAGGCCUCGCCGACCUUGUGCCACCCACACUGAAGCGCAUCAUCGAAGAUCCGGCAAUCACCAAGGCUGGCGUGUCGAUCAAAGCCGACUGCACCCGUCUCCGCAAGUACCUCCAGAUAGAUGCGCGCGGGAUCUUUGAACUCAGCCAUCUUCAUAAGCUUGUUAAAUACUGUCAGUCGAAUCCGAAACUGAUCAAUAAGCGACUUGUCAAUCUUAGCGAGCAGGUGGAGGAGCAUUUCGGACUGCCGCUGUGCAAAGACGAAGUCGUGCGGUGCGGCGAGUGGACAGCGGCCUUGAAUUAUCGCCAAGUUCAAUAUGCUGCAUCUGAUCCUUACGCAUGCGUGUGCUUGUUUGACGCGAUGAAUGCUAAACGACAAGCGCUCGAGCCGACGCCUCCUCUGCCCGCCCACGCCGAACUGAAUAUACCUAUUCGUACUAUUUGCGAUGCACCUGUCACUGCUGACUUAGAAGAAAUCGAAGUGGUGCAAUCCGAAGAAACCCCCGAGAACCCGAAAGACGCCAUCUGACCAAUCCGUAUUCGGAGAGCAGAUUUAUUUCUCUUUCUGGAGAUAUACUAUCCAUUAAGGAAGGCAUCUCAUCGCUCCAACAUUGUUGGAAUACGCUUCUACAGCAGUCGUCCUCCAUCUUAGGACAUUGGAGUCUGCCUGCUGCCAGUCCGAUAGAAGAUAAAGUUCUAAAUCACUACUAUGAUCUUCUAGCCUUGAUCCUUUUGA